CAGAGCAGCUCAAGUCACGCCGGGUCAUGGUGGCUCAGGUUCCUUGUCAUAAACCGAGCGACGGUUUGUUCAUCUGUCUUACCCGGGAAUUAGCGAUUCCACGACCCUGCUAGAAAAAAAAAAAGAGAGGGAUGUCUCUACGCUGUGGGGGCACCGCCUGCACCGUGGGGCCCCGGAUAUUUGGAAGAUAUUUAUGCAGUCCAGUCAGAGCAGUAAGUUCCCUGCCAGAUAAAAAAAAGGAAUUCUUACAAAAUGGACCAGACCUUCAAGAUUUUGUGUCUGGUGAUCUUGCAGACAAGAGCAAGUGGGAUGAUUAUAAAGGAAACUUAAAACGCCGGAAAGGAGAAAGGUUAAGACUACCUCCGUGGCUAAAGACAGAGAUUCCCAUGGGGAAAAAUUACAAUAAACUGAAAAAUACAUUGCGGAAUUUGAAUCUCCAUACAGUGUGUGAGGAAGCUCGAUGUCCCAACAUUGGAGAGUGUUGGGGAGGUGGAGAAUAUGCCACCGCCACAGCCACAAUCAUGUUGAUGGGUGACACAUGUACAAGAGGUUGCAGAUUUUGUUCUGUUAAAACUGCGAGAAAUCCGCCUCCACUGGAUGCCAGUGAGCCCUACAAUACUGCAAAGGCGAUUGCAGAGUGGGGUCUGGAUUAUGUUGUCCUGACGUCUGUGGAUCGAGAUGAUAUGCCUGAUGGAGGAGCUGAGCAUUUUGCAAAGACGGUAUCAUACUUAAAGGAAAGGAAUUCAAAAAUUCUUGUGGAAUGUCUCACCCCUGAUUUUCGAGGAGAUCUAAAAGCCAUAGAAAAAGUUGCUUUGUCAGGAUUAGAUGUGUAUGCACAUAAUGUUGAAACAGUUCCAGAAUUACAGAGGAAAGUUCGUGAUCCCCGGGCCAAUUUCGACCAGUCUCUGCGUGUACUGAAACAUGCCAAGGAGGUUCGGCCCGAUGUGAUUUCUAAAACAUCUAUAAUGUUGGGUUUAGGUGAAAAUGAUGAGCAAGUAUAUGCAACAAUGAAAGCACUUCGUGAAGCCGACGUGGACUGUUUGACUCUAGGACAAUAUAUGCAGCCAACAAAGCGCCACCUGAAGGUUGAAGAAUACAUUACUCCUGAAAAGUUCAAAUACUGGGAAAAAGUAGGAAAUGAACUUGGAUUUCAUUAUACUGCAAGUGGCCCUCUGGUGCGUUCUUCAUAUAAAGCAGGUGAAUUUUUCCUGAAAAAUCUAGUGGCUAAAAGAAAAAAGUCCUCCCAAACAUAACAAGACCUUCAAGAUCACAGGAAUUGUUAAUAUCUGAUUCCAAUUGGUCUUAGAAGUGGUUGCAGAAUGCCUGACUUCAGUGGACAUACCUCAGUCUCUUUGUUUUAAGAAACACGUCAAUAGCUGUGCAUAUUUAAUUAUGUAAUUCACUUGUCUUUUAGCAUAUCUUCUUUGUUCUAUUAAAUAAUUGCUUGCUGUGAUGUAAUCAUAAAAUAUCUUUUAAGAGUUUUACUGUUAACAGUAUAAUUAAAAAACACAUGAAAAACUUCCAGAAAAGCUUCCAAGCCUG